AUAUCAAUGACAAGUAGUGACACGUAGUGACAGUUCGAUCAAUUAGAUAUUACAGUUCAUGUAUAGUAUAUUUGCACAUAUUUUUCAUUCAUUAAAAUAGAAUAUAAAAAUGUUGAGGUUACGUCUUUCUGUAAAUGCUCCAAAAAUAUUUAAACGUAAUGUGGGAAUAUUAGCACCUGCUCUUCAGAAAGCAACUGAUCCCAUCCAACAACUAUUUAUAGAUAAAAUUCGUGAAUAUGCUAAUAAGAGUCAGGGUGGAAAAUUAGUUGACCCGACUCCAGAUAUUGAAAAGGAAAGAAAAUCUGAAUUAGAAAAACUCGCUAAUCAGUUUGGUUGCGCUCCUGGUACAAAAAUGUCCGACUUCCCAUCAUUCAGUUUUACUGAUCCACCAAUAGAUUCAGGUGUAUCAAAAAGUUAAAUAUACUAAUAUGAUUUUGAAGUA